GCUUCUCGUGCUCACCUCUGUUCGGUCGGAGAUUUUUUGUGUCAGUCUCAACCGAGCAAGAGUUACGAACGGAUCGGGUGCUCUCAAAUAAUUCGAGUAUUUUCGAUCGAUCGACAACUGGUUAAUUAAUGGUUGAGUUAUUCGGAAUAAAAGUGAAGUGAAAGUUACCGGAAGUUGUUAUUUGUUAAAGUGCAAACAAACUAUUAAACAAGUGGCUUCCGAGCUACACAGAACACAAACAGUGAAAAAGUGUUACAAGAACCAUGCCUCGACCGUCGCGUGAAUCAUACGGGGAUCAGAAACCCCCGUAUUCCUACAUUUCGUUGACCGCCAUGGCUAUCUGGAGUUCACCGGAAAAGAUGUUGUGUCUCAACGAUAUCUACAAGUAUAUUACGGACAGGUUUCCGUAUUACCGGAACAAUACUCAACGGUGGCAGAAUUCCCUUCGGCACAACCUGAGCUUCAACGAUUGUUUCAUCAAAGUGCCACGGCGUCCGGACCGACCUGGCAAGGGAGCCUACUGGACACUGCACCCCAAGGCUUUCGACAUGUUCCAGAAUGGCAGUCUGCUCCGACGGCGUAAGCGCUUCAAGCUGCAGGACGGCGACAAGGAGAGUCUCAACGAAGAAUUCAUCGCCUUGGCCAACAUGAACCGAUUUUUCAUGUCUCAAGGAGGUUACUUCCACGAUCCUCACUACGCGCACGCCAUGCCGGAGAACAUCAACCCAAACAUGCUCUACACGCCCAUCUCGCCACCCCACUCACCACCGGAAGCGCUUCGUGCGACCAGCCAAUCUCCGGAACAACCGCAACCCGCCGCUCUAGGAAACUUCCAUAAUCAUCCAGCCAUCGCCACCUCUUCGCCCAUUACCAAACCAAAGCGAUCGUUCACCAUCGAAAGUCUCAUCGGUUCCGACGAUUCCGACAGCAAAGAGGAGUGCUCUUCAUCCGACUCGGAAGACUACUCCAGCUCUCCGCCGAACGUCGUGGCACCUAAUCCGCAGCACCUGGAACAACUCCGAGCUUCCCUGCAUCUUAGCCAACAGAUCCAAGCUCAGCAGCAGGCCGCUUUCAACGAAUAUGCGGCAGCUGCAGCAGCCGCGGCCGCCCAUCAUCAUCACCAGCAACAGGUUGCUGCAGCAGCGGCCAUCGCCGCUUCUAACGGAGUGUCCCACUACGGAAUGCAUCCACUCCUGAUGCCAAUGGGCAAGUUACCAACAGGACCUUACUUCCUGCAACCGGCCUACCAAGCACCGACGGCAGCUCAUCACCACCACCAUCAUCAUCACCUGGCAGCGACGGGUGGCAUUCCGCAGCCGACGGAUGCUCACAUGCUUGAUGCCCACAAGGAGACCGCUAUGGUUCUGGGUUAGGGGUCUCGUCCCAAGUUUAGUAAGUAAAAGAGUAUUUAUUACUACCAAGUUUAAUUUCCUGCAAU